CUUAAAUCAUGAACUCACUCUUACUUUGUUAAUAACAAACAUAGGAAGACUCAAUUGAAUAUUGGUCAGAAAGAAAAUAUCCCAUUUUGAAUCCAAGUGCGAAAAUGGCUGCUCAGUGCAAUUCUCUGCACUACUAUUUCACCUGCAAACCAUGUUUUAGAAAGCCCUAGCACCCAUCUGCAACAGCCCACUUCGCCUCCCAUCAAGAAACUCCAUUUCCAAUCAACUCUGAUUCACUCAAGAUCUCAAACCCUAGGUUAAAUAAGAAGGUUUGUGCUGUAGUUUCCGAAGAAAAAGCGAUGGAAUCUAACAAUUCAGAGACUGAUGUUUUCAAACUCACUUAUUUGGAGGUGAGAUUCUAGUUUCUUGAUAUUGGCUCUCUCUAUCUCUCUCUGGUUGGCUGAUGGAGGUUUGUGGUUUGGAUUAGGGGAAUAGUUGGACAUGGGAGGUGGGGGGUGUAAAAAUAUUGGUUGAUCCAAUCUUGGUGGGGAAAUUGGAUUUUGGAAUCCCUUAUUAUAUGAUGCUGCCAAGAAAUUCAUCAACAACUUCAAGUGCAACUCGACGAUCUUCCUGAAAUCGAUUGCUUACUAAUCACACAAAGCCUUGAUGAUCACUGCCAUAUGAAAACUCUCAACCCCCUAUCUCAGAAGCUGACAAAUCUCAGAGUUGUCUCAACUCCUAAUGCUAAACAACUCUUGGAUCCUCUGUUCUCCAAUGUAACAUAUCUAGAGCCCGGUGAGGGCUCGGAGAUCCAAGGGAAGGACCGUUCAUCAGUGAAAGUCUGCGCUACUGCAUGCCCAGUUUUAAGCCCUCCUUGGCUGCGGCCUGAGAAUGGCUACCUUGUAACCUCUCCCAGCGGCAAGUUGACAUUGUAUUAUGAACCACACUGCGUCUACAACGAGGAGUCAGUGGGGAAGGAGAGAGCUGACAUAGUCAUCACACCUGUUAUAAAGCAGCUUCUGCCAUAUUUCUUGCUUGUUUCUGGCCAGGAAGACGCAGUUCGCCUUGCAAAGCUGCUGCAGGCAAAGUUUAUCGUCCCAAUGAGGAACGGCGAACUUGACAGCAAAGGGGCUCUUGCUGGUAUCAUCAAGGCUGAAGGGACUAUUCAAUCAUUCAAGGAACUUCUUAUGAAAGAGCUACCAGAUGCCAAGGUACUAGAGCCUAAACCUGGAGUACCACUGGAAAUUUGAUCAGCAUCCACCACCAACACUUCAAAGUUCAAAUUGCAUCACCCCUAAAAUACUUAGAAACUGUUACCAAUUGUUCUUGAUAGAAAGUAAUUGGGGCUAGCAUUACAAAACAGAAUUUUUCACAGAAUAUCAUACUUUUAUUUUUAUGAUCA